GUCACCAACCCACCACCACUACCAACUACGCUAGUUUCAUUCUAAUCGUCCUUUCAAAAUAUUCAAAGUCUUUCACGAUAAUAACCAGCUUUAUUGAACAUCCCUCCACUGUCUGGGUACUGUAACCCCCGCUUCUCGAAAUAUUUCUUCAGUCAGAUCAAAUGUCUCAGCCCAUCCCUCCGUUUUCUCUGUCGAAUUUUGACCAUCUAUCUUCCACGAGCAUGCCUCAUGAAGACCCUGAGCCAACUCUGACACCUGCUGCAGGGUUCGAACUCAUAGUUUGGGGUCUAGACCGUUCUUCGCAGCUCUCUGCUCAGAGUGACUUUGCGGCGACGUAUGAGGAGGUUUUUGAGAAUUCUCUGACAUCGCAAACGUAUCUACCUUCACCUGCCGAUAUCGUAGUCGUCCCUGGGGAUGCCUUCCGGGCUGUCGACUAUGUUUUCGUCUCGCUCUCACCCUCGCUCUCUCCCCACCCCAGACCCGACAUCCUGAACAGUAUGAAGCAUGCAAUUCUAGCCCAUGGAAAUAAAGCGGAGUGGAAGGUCGCCAGAGGAUAUGACCGGACCCGUCGCGGAUUUUUCAAGAUGGAUGAUAUGGAGGACGUUGAACGAAUGAAAGACAAGAUAGCAGAUGCACUCAACACGAUGGGGCUGACAUUCCAGUUCCACACCAUCAUUACUUGCGGUCGGUUUACCCGUGUAGCAUUUGACUUUAUUGACGCCGCAUCCAUCGAGUACUUGGAGUCCACACCUCUAGUCAUUGAUCAGCGUGUCCUUCCCAUCUCCCGACCCCGCUACAUUGUGCCCAUGUUUGGGUAUGAUGUUGUCAUUACUGGCUGUAGCGGAAUUCAAGGGAUACGACGUGCGAUGAAUGCAAUUAUUCGCAAUCUGUUUGGUCCUGACACCAUUGCGCAUAGUAGGAUGGAGCUGGACGGGGACGCCUACGUUGUUGUCAUGAAUAACUUUGUCAACGCGGCUAGGCUUAUCAAGAGCAACCUACCUUUACCGAAUGGUAUUCCACCUUUCGUACCCAUCUCCAAGCCGAUGGAUCUCUCCUUGUACAACCUCCGUGGUUGUCCAGCUUGUCCUGGAGACCUUGACGGCGAAACCCUCUCUGCGACCCCGAUAAGCAUCCGAAAUCUUCAGAGACAGAUCCAUCGUCUUCAGGAGCUCUUCCUUCAUGUUGACCAGGCUGCACAAAGCGCCCUCCACGCGCAAACGAGAGUGUUGGAAGAGGUUCAUCAGUCGAGCGUCACAUUUCAGAAUGCUUUAUCGAUGUCGGUCGCAAUCCAGGUGGCAACGCAGCACUUGUGUUCCGUAGAGAGCGAACUCACUCUGCUUCGCCACGAACGCUCUUCCAAGGAGCUCCUCGCCUUGGUUGCUACGGACGAGGAAGUUAAACGCCUAAUAGAGGCUCAAAUCAGUGAACUGGACAAGAGGAUCGAGAUUCAAGAUAACCUUCGGACCGAGGCCACUGCCGAGUACAGGUUAGCAAUGGACAGAAUGGUUGCUUUUGCUACGCCGUCUCCCGAGGCUGGUCACGGUUAAAACAGCGAAGGUCAUAUUGGCGCAAUUUGAGUUGAUCCGAAAAAAUUCCUUAAACUUGUGUGCGAGUUUGUUUGAUUCUUAGUUCGAUAUCUCGUGUGUUUAAUCUCGAGUCCGAUAGGUGACUCUUGUAGCGUGAUAAUUAUCCUAUGUAAGUCUUUUGUAUAACAUGUAACAGUACUGAGACUGUAAAGUAAAUGUGUAAUGAUGAAGUGUAGUAGGUAUUAGUUUUGUUUGUCUCAUGCAAGAGUAGCAAAUACGAUGCAUCGCCACCGU